AUGUUGGAGCCCAAGCUCGAGGCUCCCUUUUGCUCUCACGGGAGAGCCGACACUCGCAUAACGCGAGUUGCUCCCACUCUGCACAUCAUCCGUGCUUCUUACGGUGUUUCUCCGGCUUCUCCGGCUUCUCCGGCUUCUCCCUGUCGCAGCGCAGAUGACUCGGGUGAUUCCGCACGCACAAGCCAUGAAGUCUCUUCACUCAGAGCCUUCUCAUGGUCCUUCUCCUUCUCUUCGUGCUCUUCUUUUGCUCUGUCCGCUCUCGCUUUCGCAUGCGAUCAUGGUACUGGCUCCCGGGUGGGCAAGAGAAGACGGAGAUUUCGGACAUGGAGGGCUGGAGCAGCUGGAGCAGCUGGAGCAGCUGGAGGAGACAGAGCAGCCCGAACAGCCAGAAGCGCUGAAGGCGGCGCUGAAGGCGGCGCUGAAAGCCGUGGAAUCUUGAGAUCCGUGGACGAUCUGCCAAAGCCCACUGCUUUGGGAAUUGAGCUCCGGGCAAGCUCUGCUGUCGCAGCCCCCAUCUCUGCGACUGAUGGUUCAUUUAAACAGCCGUUGCUGCGUGUGCACCAUUCAUUGGACCCGACAGAUGUGAUUGGGAACCAGCGCGCCGUGGCUGCGAGCCUGCAAGAACUGGUGGCCCACUUCAAGUGGAAGGGGGUUGUUGGCUGCAGCAUAACCAAGAAAUCCUGCGAGAUGUUGGGCGUGGAGGCUUCCUCUUUUGAGGCAAUGGAGGCCGGUGCAGGAAAGCUCCUGGCGAAAGCUUUGCAUGGCAAGGCUUCGUUUGUUCAUAGCAUGGUUCACACCACAGCAGCAGGCUACAACGACUUGAUUUGGGGGAGAAGUGCCCAAGAGCAACUGUGGCGCAGACACGUCGUUUUGGUAGCCACUUUAGGCCAGAAUCUUGGGGCCGUGGUCUUCAGCGAUGGCAAGAGGGUGCGACAUGCCGAAUGGUGCCAGCCUGCACCGCCCCGACCGGCCGAGUUGGCCGAGUUGGCCGAGCCGGCCGAGCCGGCCGAGCCGGCCGAGCCGGCCGAGCCGGCCGAGGAGAUGGAGGGAGACGCCUCAGACUCAGACUGCUGCCCUCCACAACUUCUGGGGCUGUCUGGGCUCUCCGGACUCCCUGAGGAGUGGGCGGAAUGGGCUGCAGCCGUGGAUUUCCAACUCAAGGACCUCCUCUUCUCCGUGCCAACCCUCGACCAGCUCCUCAUCUUCCCCACCGGGCGGAGCCAAGUCCUAGAAGACCUGAGGUCGAGCCUGCCGCAGACGCUGGAGGCCGCGGCGCAGAAGGGCUGCUCAGUGCAGGUCGCUCAGAGCGAAGGCUCGCUUGUGCGGGGGGCGGCAACCUGCGCGCUGAUGGAACUGGAGGCGGUGCAGAUGCUAAGCCAGCUGCGGGAAGUUUUGUCCCAGAAGAGAUCGCUCCAGAGCCUCUCCGAUCAGCAGCUCCGCGACAUCUUCGACCGGCUAGACACGGAUGGAGAUGGAGUCCUGGACGUGGUCGAGCUGCAGAAGGGGCUCGAGAUGCUUGGAGUACAGCGAGACAUGACAUCACUCUUGGCUGAGCUGGGCACGGAAGCCUCCGAAGGCGAAGGGCCCCACCAACUCCAGCGGCCACCUGGGCCUGUGAAGCCUGUGAAGCCUGUGAAGCCUGUGAAGCCUGUGAAAGUGGAGAACUUCAUGUCCUGGUGGCUUCAGAAUGUGCGGAGCGCGCGCAUUGUGACGCUCAGCAGCUCACAAGCUUGGACGGAUUUGCUGCAGAUGGAUCCACCCGACGGCUUUGGGCCUCUGAUCUUGCUGGAGGUCACUUUCACCUUCUGCCGGGCCUGCCGGGCCUUCGAGCCCAAGUUUCGGAAGCUCGCCGAAGCGUAUCCCAGAGUUCGCUUCGUGCAGCUCAUCGGCAACGGGACCAUCGGCGCCAUGGACCUCGUGCAGGAGGAGCUCAAAUGCAAGAAGUCGCCCAGCUUCUUCAUCUUCAAGCGUGGUGGUGAGAUGCUUGAUAGAUGGGACGGUGCUGAUGCAGACAGGCUGGAAGAGCACUUAUCUUCCUUUUCUGCUGGUGAGUGA